AGCAGCUAGUUAUUCCGGCUGUAGUCAGUCGUGCGUGUUCUAACAUUUAUUUUGUCUAAAGCUAUUUUGUUACAGUCGCGGCGAGACGCAUCUGAACAACAUUUUUUAAGAGGCAUAAUUUCACAGCGCAGUUCAGGGACAGUAGAAUAGCACUGCCACAUGAACGCUCUUACGAAAUUUAGACCUAGCUAGAUCUAGCUAGCAAGGUGCGGUGAACAAACGAUUCUGUCUGCCGAUACAAAAGCUUGUGGAAAAAGGAGAUCGCCUGUGUUUUAUGAAAGAAAGACACUAAUGAAUGAUCGAUUUGAAUACUUCGCUAGAUGAUGAGGGAAUUUUUUGUUGAUUUGAUGUCAUCGACGGUGACGGGGAAACGACCCAUCUUGAAUUAUUCUUUGGAAGAAAAGUGUGAGGUUGCUAGCAGUAGCUUUCAGGCGAGACAAACUUUGCUAGAGGAAUAGCUGGAGUUGCUAGCUACAAUUACGGUAGGCUACGACGGAAUCUGUGUAUAGGCAGCACAAAUUACCAUACAUCGCAUUCACAGUAACAAACGUCUAGUUCGUUCGAUUAGCCAGACUGUUUCACACUACUAGAUUACAGUUACAUUACGAUAAAUCGCGGUUGCUGGCUAAACGCCACUGCGUGUCAUCAAAAGAGCUGAAAGACUGAAUUAAACCAUGGAGACAGCACACCACAGGGCUGACCCCAGAUUUACCAGCAGAGAGUACGAGUCCACUCAAGGAUUUCUUCCCCAAGAAGUGGAUCUGCUGGGGGUUCUGGAGCAGAGAGUCGCUGACCGGCAAGGAUGGGAGCUAUUGGAUGUGUUCCUCACAGGUGGAGCACCGUGGGGUUUCAGUUUGAAAGGCGGCCUGGAAAACCAGGAGCCUCUGAUCGUAACUAAGGUAGAGGAGGGCAGCAGUGCUUCGGCUGCCCAGCUUCAGGUCGGGGACGAGAUCCUGACCGUCAAUGAUAUCCCACUGAGCGGCUAUCGGCAGGAGGCCAUCGGUCUGGUGAAGGCCUCGCUCAAGACCCUGUCUCUCGGGGUCAGAAGGAGGAAUGAUUCUCCAAAAAGGCCUCACUCCAGGCACUCUGACAAGAUCACAGAGGGUCAAUCUGAAGCUGCCAAAACACUUGCAGCACCCACAUCUGCUUUGCAGAGUAGCUAUGACGCAAGUUCAUCCAUAUAUGACCUCUCCAGCAACUGGGACCAGGCUAACCUGCGUCGAGUGUCAGACCAGCUCAGCUCGCUGGGCAGCAUGGACAGUCUAGACCACCCUCUGACACACCUCUCUCCUGGAGGCACCAUCAUGGACCAUUUCAGUGAAGGCAAGCGAGACUCUGCCUACAGCUCCUUCUCCACCAGCUCCGGCACGCCAGACCACACCCUGUCUCGCAGCAACGCAACCUCCACAGAGAACAUGCUGUCGAAGGUGGGCCCAUGGGACGGGCGCCACGGGCAGAACCUCCUGCAGCAGCCAGCAGAGGCCGGUGGGUGGGAGAGCCUCAGAGCCGAGGAGCAGCCAGGCUCCAGGCACUUCAGUGCCUCCACGGGUAGGUCCACUGGACCGGUGUGGCACGUCCCUCAGAAGAACAAGUAUCCCCAGCCUCUCCCUGAUGGCAAUGACAGCAGGGGCCUUUGCAGAGAAGAACAGCCCCCAGCCAGACCCCACACAGAGGACCACAGCAGCCACUACAGGGAUAAUGCAUACAGCACAGAACAUCAUUACUUUGACAACCCUGCUGGGAAGGGUGUCCAGCCCAGAGACCAGUCACAGGAGCCCUGGCUGUCCCAAGAGGACCAUAGAAUGUCCCCCAGGACCCCCUUGCUAUAUACUCUGUCCCGGGACAUCACAAGCCUAGCUGACCAGCCCGGGGAACGUCUCCGCCCUCUCUCCCAGGACCUCACGAGUCUAGCCAAUCAGCACAGGGAACGUCUCCGCCCUCUCUCCCAGGACCUCAUGAGUCUAGUCAACCAGCCCAGGGAAGGUCUCCGCCCUCUGUCCCAGGACCUGACGAGUCUAGUCAAUCAGCCCAGGGAACCCCUGAAUCCCCUGACCGGCAAACACGUAAAGGGCAGCGACCGCUUUGCCACCAUCCUCCGCAGUGAGAUCCAGAACAGGAGAGCUCGGCUGCAGAAGAGCCGGAGUGCGGCAGCCCUGACCGGCCCGGGCGGGGCUGAGGAGAACCCAGACACCACCUCCACCACCUACAAGGACCACCUGAAGGAGGCACAGGCACGCGUCCUUAACAAUACGUCAUUCCAGAGGCGGGAUCUGCAGCCUGUACAGCCGGAGCAUCUCAGGAGCCAAGCCCCACCCAGCUACCUGCCUUCUGCCCCACCCUCCUCCUCGCUGCAGAAUGAUAUCACCCCCUUUCCAGGGCUCUCUGAUGCUCCACAGAGAAAUCCUGGACAUUCCAGCAGCCAGGUGACCCGUGUAGGAGGCCGUAAACGCUUCCCCUCGGAGAAGAAAGCGCGCUCUCUCUCAGUGCCGGACAGCAUCCACAAGGUGGGGGUGGAGGAGGCUCUGCCCCACCCGCAGGCUGCAGACUCCUCUUCCCACGGUCCCACCUCCUUUGAAUCAACCGCUAAAUCCACUUUUCUGACUGCUCAUCCCAGUCUGAGCCAUCCUGAUCAGCACUGGCCGGGCAGGCGUGAGGGGAAGCCCCGUUUAGGGCAGAGUGACGAGGGCUGGGGCCCGGCCAGGGCAGCCUCCACUGGACAGCUCCUGGAGGACAGUCAGGGCAGCCUCAGCCAUGGAGACAUAGAGGCCUUCCUCGAGCACCAGCGCCUGGGCACCUUCGCAGAGCAUGAGGCCACAUGGAACGUCCAGAGGAGGCCCCUGGAAGCAAGGGCCUCUGGGAAAUAUCACUCUGCUGACAGCAUCCUUGACCCCUACACAGAGGAGAGGAAUAGACCCUCAUACAUGUAUGGAAGACCGCGCUCGCCACCCUCAGCUGAUUCCUUUGGACAGAACAACCCUGUUGUGGAGAGGACCCAAGAUGGUUCCCACCCAGAGUACUAUCCAGCUGGACAAGAGAGUUCUGCCAGGGUGUCUGACUGGACAACCGGCAUGUGCGGGGACAGAGACAGACCAGCGCAGUUCGACUGCUGCCCCGAGGCUCCCCUACAGCCCCCCCAAGGACACCCGGUCAACUCCCUCCCUGCCAAUCAGGGACAUCCCCAGCACCACAACAGACCCUUCCCCCAGAACCCAGAGGCUCUGCCACCAUACCCUGCUGACCAAUCCCAUGAUACGGAACCUGGGCAGUUCUCCACUCCAUGCAAGAAGGCCCCCGUGCCCUUGAGGCCCCGCCCACCCAAACCCACAACCGCCCUGAGCGACUCUCUGGAGUCCAUGUCCACACCUGACUCCACCGCCUCCCUGCGGGGAGAGUUUCCACAGGGCACAAGACCUGUCCCCGUGCCCCCCCAAACUGAAUCCUGCUUGCCCUCCCCUCAGUUCACCCCCCAGAGACUAACUGACAAGCCACCGGCCUCCCUGCACCAUGCCGCCCCCUGCAGGCGUGAAGAGAACAGCCUGGCUGAGUCAGACACCUCAGUGCCAAAGGCGGAGCUGCCAGAGCAGGUCAAGGAGCGCAACUCCGAGGAUGAGCUGGACAUUGACCUGGCCAACAAGAAGCACGAGCUGAUUGACAGCCUGAGCAGGAAGCUGCAGAUUCUGCGGGAGGCGCGUGACAGCCUGCUGGAGGACGUCCAGGAGAACAACGCCCUCGGGGACAAGGUGGAGGCCACCCUUCAGCAGGUGUGCAGGCCCAACGAGCUGGAUAAGUUCCACAGGUUCAUUGGGGACCUGGACAAGGUGGUGAGCCUUCUUCUGUCCCUGUCUGGCCGGCUGGCCCGGGUGGAGAGUGCCCUGAACACCCCGGAGGAGGGCACCACCCCCGAGGAAAAGCGUACGCUGAUGGAGAAACGGAAGCUGCUGAUUCGUCAGCGCGAGGAUGCCGAGGAGCUGAAGGAGAACCUGGACCGGCGGGAGCGUGUGGUCUACGAUAUCCUGGCCAGCUACCUGAGCGAGGAGCAAAUGGCCGACUAUCAGCACUUCAUCAGGAUGAAGUCUGCACUCAUCGUUGAGCGGCGCAAGCUGGACGACAAGAUCAGACUGGGAGAGGAGCAGCUGAAGAGCCUGAUGGACAGCCUGCCCCAGGAGCAGAGCAUGCCCUCCUAAGAACGCUCAGAGUGCUCGCUGCAGUGGGAUUUCCCCACCACUAGAGGGGAGCAGAGGGCAGCUGUCAAGGCAGACUUGUGGCGGUAACUCUUCAUUGAUUCUUUGGUGGCUGUUUUGGUGCCUCACAGAGACUUUGAAGGGGCACCUGACAGUAGGGUGACCAUACGUCCUCUU